AUGGCGAUCGAAAGCGCAUUCACGAACGCAGGCAAGAAGGCGGGACUUGAGGCCUGGCGCAUUGAAGACCUCGAGCCUGUGCCUGUGCCGGCCGCUGAGCAGCACAAACUCUACAGUGGCGAUAGCUACAUAUUCCUCAAGACAACGGCUGGACCGACGUGGCACCUUCACUUUUGGCUGGGCAAGGCGUCGUCUGCAGACGAGAGCGGUGUAGCUGCGUACAAGACCGUGGAGCUUGACGACGCACUGGGCGGCGUAGCUGUCCAGCACCGUGAGUGCCAGGGCCAUGAAUCUCCACUUUUCCUGUCGUACUUCAAGACGACGGGUCUGCAGUACCUUGCAGGAGGUGUUGCGAGUGGCUUCAAUGAAGUCAAGCGCGACGAGUACACGAAUCGUCUAUACAGGAUCAAGGGAAGCCGCACCGUGCGUGUUGAGCAAGUGCCACUACAGAGUUCGUCUCUGAGCGUGGAUGACGCUUACGUGCUGGAUGCUGGGCUCGAGCUUUUCGUAUUCGCCGGAAAGGAGGUCAAUCGUGUGGAAAAAGCCAAGGCGCUGGAGUUUGUUUGCAAGACCAGGGAAGCUCGUGGUGGCCGCGCAAGUGUCCAGUUCAUUGAGGAGGACCCGAGAAACGAGGCGUUUUGGGCCGCUCUGGGUGGUUUCACGACUGUGACGCGGUCGAGAGAGUCAGAUGAGCACCAUGAGAGCGCGGUUAAGAAGAACACUAGUGUGCUCCGCGUGAGCGAAUCGACGGGCGACGAUCUGCAGGUCGACGAUAUUACACCGUCAUCGGGUGUGCUCACAAAGGACCUCUUGAAGACUGAGGACGUGUUCGUGAUUGACACUGGCAACGAGGUGUUCACAUGGGUGGGCAAAGGGGCUUCAGGGAGCGAGCGCAAGAGCGCCUUGACGGUUGCUGAGCACUACCUGAAGAAAGAAGGGCGCCCGGUGCACACGCCUAUAACGCGCGUGGUCGAAGGUGGCGAAACGCCCUUGUUCACGGUGCUGUUCAAAGCUUGGACUCCGCCCAAGGUGCUCGAAUUCGGUCACCAGCCAAGCCAGGGGGUCGCUAAGAUGCAGGAGGACAAGCCCGUCGACGUAGAGGCAUUGGUGAAGGCCGAUUGGCAGUUUGAGGAGGAUAUCGGCGUGGAUAGCACGGGUGACGGAAAGCAUGAGGUGACAGUGUGGCGUAUCGAAGGCCUGGAGAAGGUGGCAGUGCCGAAGGAGCAGUAUGGUCAAUUUUACGAUGGCGAUAGCUACAUCAUUCUGGACGUAGUGACGCCCCCGAGUGGCAAGCCUGCGCAAGUAAUUUACUUCUGGCAGGGACGCUCGUCGUCGACCGAUGAGAAGGCUAGGUCGGCUGUGCUGGCCACGUUCUUGGACGACAGCUUGGGCGGCACUCCUGUUCAGGUCCGUGUGACUCAAGGCAAGGAGCCAGGACACUUUCGUGCAUUGUUUAACGGAACGAUGAUCGUGCACGCCGGCGGCAAGGGUAGUGCUUUCACCAACCGUGAGGGCAAAGAUUCGUACGAUACGGAUGGCGUGUCGCUCUACCACGUAAAGGGUACCAGCGCGAAGAACACGCUCGCCGCGCAGGUCGAGGAGAAGGCGUCGAGCCUCACUUCAGGCGAUUGCUUUGUCUUGGUGACUCCUGCCAAGGUUUACGAGUGGCAGGGUGCUGGAUGCAGCGGUGCGGAGCGUGAGGUAGCGUCCAAGAUUGCCUCUGUACUAAAGAAACAGCGCGAGACUGUGGUUGUUGAAGAGGGAAGCGAGUCGGAUGAUUUCUGGGACUUUUUGCAUGGAAAGAGCGAGUAUGCACAGUCGAAGUCGUCGUUCGAGGCGCCCCAUGAGCCGCGUCUGUUCCAGUGCUCGAAUGCGUACGGGUACUUUGAUGCACGCGAGAUCGUCGACUUCGCGCAAGAUGACCUCAAUACGGACGACGUGUUUCUCUUGGAUACGUACACAACGCUGUACGUGUGGAUCGGUGCUGGUGCGAAUGAAGCCGAGAGACGCAAGGCCAUGGCACUUGCCGAAAAGUAUUUGUCCGUCGUCCAAAGCGACGGCCGUGGCGAGGGCACACCCGUCGUGGCAGUCCACUGCAACAGCGAACCGCUCAUGUUCACGAGCAACUUCUUGGCCUGGGACAGCAAGUACUUCAGCAGGAACGAGUUUCUCGACCCUUACGAGGCCCGUCUCAAACUGCUAAAGGAAGAGAAGGAGAAGAAUGCGCCAGAGGAGUUGCCCAGUGCGGUCACCGUCAGCAAUACUAUUUGCAAAAACGAAGCCGCUGUGCCUGCUCCGGUGACGGCAGCGUCUACCCAUGACUCGUCUACGAAGUCUUCAGCUUCAAGGACGACUCCAGCAUCGCCCGAGACCACUCCGGUAUCGUCGAAGACCACCCCAGCAUCGCCCAUGGUCACUCCAGCAUCGCCCAUGGUUACUCCAGCAUCGCCCAUGACCACUUCGGUAUCGUCUGGGACCACUCCAGCAUCGCCCAUGAUCACUCCAGCAUCGCCUAUGACCACUCCAGUAUCGCCCAAGACCACUCCGGUAUCGUCGAAGGUUGGUCCAGUAUCGAUCGAGACCACUUCGUCAUCGGCAUCGUCGAACUCCACCCCGACGUCGUCUAACGUCAAUUCGGCAUCGUCCACUGCCGCUUCAGCAUCGUCUAGCGCUAUCCCGACCUUGUCGAAAACCACCCAGACAACGUUUGAUGCCAUGUCGUCAUCGUCCGAGGCCAUUCCGGCAUCAUCGAAAGCGCCAUCGGCCCCGGCAAAGGUCAACUCGGCAUCCCCCCUGACAUCGUCUGCACCCUCUUCUGUCAAGGCAACUGGCUGUGCUGGUGAGACGUUCUCGUACGAGCAGCUGAAGGCUGGUGUCGAAGGCAUUGACAUUACCGUGAAGGAGAACUACCUCACGGACGCCGAGUUCCAGACCGUCAUGGACAUGACCAAAGACGAGUUCGUCAAGCUGCCCAAGUGGAAGCAACAAGCUAAGAAGAAAGAGACGGGACUCUUCUAG